AUGAGGAAUGGCACGGCCAUCACAGAGUUUGUCCUCCUGGGCUUUCCCGGUGCCCAAGGACUGCAAAUUCCUUUCUUUGUCAUAAUCUUCUUCAUCUACAUCUUAACCCUGAGCAGCAACGGGCUCAUCAUUGGCCUGGUAUGUGCAGAGCCCAGAAUCCAGACACCCAUGUACUUCUUUCUGUGCAAUCUCUCCUUCCUGGAGAUCUGGUAUACCACCGCUGUCAUCCCAAAGCUUCUGGAAACCUUUGUGGUGGCCAGAGCUGUCAUCUGCCUCUAUUGCUGCCUGCUGCAGGCCUUCUUCCACUUCUUCCUGGGCACCACAGAGUUCUUCAUCCUCACGGUCAUGUCCUUCGACCGCUACCUGGCCAUCUGCAGACCCCUCCGUUACCCCGCCAUCAUGACCAGCAAUCUCUGCUUGACACUGGCACUCAGCUCUUGGGGACUGGGCUUCACCAUCGUCUUCGGUCAGACGGUGUUGCUCAUGCAGUUGACCUUCUGUGGCAGUAACAUCAUCAAUCACUACUACUGUGACGUGGGCCCCAUCCUGAAGGCAGCCUGUGUGGACACUAGCCUUUUGGAGCUCCUAGGGCUCCUGGCGACCAUUCUGCUGAUCCCUGGCUCUCUUCUCUUUACGGUGGUUUCCUACUUCUACAUCUUGUCCACUAUCCUGCGCAUUCCGUCAGCCAGUGGCCGCCAGAAGGCCUUUUCCACCUGUGCCUCACACCUGGCGGUGGUAUCCCUGUUCUAUGGGGCCGUACUUUUUAUGUACCUCCAGCCCACAGCUCACUCCUCCUUUAGAUUGAACAAGUUGGUGUCUGUGUUAAACACCAUCCUCACACCCCUGCUCAAUCCCUUCAUUUACACCAUCCGGAACAAGGAGGUGAAGGGAGCCCUGAGAAGAGUGAUGACUUACCCUAAGAUGUGUCACUCAGAGUGA